AUGAAAAUUGUCAUAUUUUUAGUUUUAUAUUUAAGCAUAAAUGCAUAUAUGCUUAGAAACAGGAAAGAUUAAAUAAAAUAACAAAAGAUCUUAGUAUUAUUCUCUUGUAGAUAUAUAGUAAAUUAGAGAAACAAUAAAAAAUCCCCAUUCACCAUUGUAUCACUCAUCAUACAAUCAAUUGACAUAUUAUGUAGAUACAUUUGGUCCUAGAAUGUGGGGUUCAGAAGAUAUGGCUGAUUCAGUAGAUGCUUUAGUUGAAGAGAUACAAAGUUAUGGAUUUGAUAGGGUUUGGAAAGAGAAUUUAGGAGAAAUCACAUCAUGGAAAAGAGGAGAAGAGAGUGUGACAUUAUUUGAUCCAAGAUAGUACCCAUAGAAAUUAAAUAUGAUUGGUUUAGGGUGGAGUCCAGCAGGAACUAUUAAAGCAGAAGUUGAAGUAGUUCAUUCUUUUGAGGAAUUAAAAUCUAUAGAUGUUAAGGGGAAAAUAGUUUGUUUUAAUUAUGAAUGGAAAGGAUAUUCUUCUGGUUUAUAAUUUAGAAUAAAUGGACCAAAGAUAGCAGAAGAUGCAGGUGCAAUAGGAACUAUUAUAAGGAGUGUUGCAAGUGUUUCUAUUUCAUCACCACAUACAGUAUGAUUAUUGAGUAUAAAAUAAAGGGAAUGACAAACUAUUAAGAUAUCAAAUAUCCAGCUGUUGCUAUUACAGUUGAAGAUGCAGAUAUGAUAGAUAGAAUGAGAUAAAGAGGCUAGAAAGUUGUGAUUGAAAUUAAAACGGGUGGAAUAUAAUAUAAAACAACAAGUGAUAAUAUAUUGGCAGAAAUUAGAGGAUCUAAAUAUCCAAAUCAAAUCUUAUUGAUGGGUGGUCAUUGGGAUUCAUGGGAUGUUGGAUCUUAGACAGGUGCUAAUGAUGAUGGUGCUGGAGUAUUAGUAUGUCUAGAAGCUUUGAAAGUAUUGAAACAUUUAGGAAUAAGACCUAAAAGAACCAUUAGAUUUAUAGCUUGGAGUGGAGAAGAAAUGGGUAUGGCUAAUAAUGGUGCCCAAUAUUAUGCAAAAACUCAUUCUUAAGAAAAUCAUAUUGUUGCUUUUGAAUCUGAUUUUGGAUCUACUUAACCAUAUGGUUUUGGUGUUACAGCAGGAGAAAAAUUCACGUAUAUCAUUAUUUUAGUAGUUUAGAGAUUUUGUUAUUUCUUUAGCUUAAGAGUAUUUGACUGAAAUUGGAGUUGAGAAAAUAUAUCCUAAUGCUGGAAUGUCAGCUGAUAGUGGAGCAUUAAGAAGUGUUACAGGAACUCCUGUUUUGAACAAUAAAGUAGUAGAUAAUGAUAUUCAUGACUUUUAUUUCACAUAUCAUCAUUCUGCUGGAGAUUCCAUAUGGAUGAUGAAUGCUGAUGAUAUGGAUGAUAAUGUUAUUGCCAUUGCUAGUAUUAUGUAUUUGAUUGCUGAUUAUGAUGGUCUUAUACCCACAAAUUGA